AUGAUGAUGGACAGGUGUUCCACGGCGCCUGCCGAGAGCGUUCGGACCCCUCCCCCACAGGCCCGGCGCGGGGCGUCGCUGGGCGCGCUGGCGAUGGCUCGGGCGCUGGCCGCGGCCCUGGCGCUGGGGCUGUGGGGCUGCGCGCUGGCGCCCGCGAGGGCCGUGGACGCCGUGGGCUCCCACCAGGCCGUCCGUGUGGCCGAGCUGCUGACCCCGGAGGAGUGCGACCACUUCCAGUCGCUGCUGAAGGCGCCGGACCCGGACGUGGAGGCCGAGCUGGCCCGGCUUUCCGAGGACCACCUGGCCCGCGCCCCAACGCCGGGGCCCGGGUGGCGCUCCCGGGGACGCGCGUCCGAGCGGCCCGGGCGGCGGCGACGGCGACGGCGACGGCGGGCGGCGGCGACCGAGGCGGCGGCGGGUUGCCGGGAGGCGCUGGCCGCGUGGCUGGCGGCCGCGGCCCCGUCGCUGUCGUGGGACCGCGUGGCCCGCGCCCUGCGGCGCAGCGGCCGCCCCGACGUGGCCCGGGAGCUGGGCAAGGGCCUGCACCAGCAGGCGACGCUGCGGCUGCGCCACGACGGGCAGCGCUACCUGCCCGGCCCGGGCGCCCCCGCCGCGCCCCCGGCCCCCCGGCCCCGCCGCGCCGCCGCCCCGGACCUCGAGCUGGGCUGGGACGCGCUGGAGCUGGUCAUCGAGCGGCGGCCGCAGGCGCCCUACGCGCGCAGCCCCCUGGGCUGGGCCCGGCCACUGGCGCUCGGCCUCCUGGCCGGCUUCCUGGGCGCGCUGGGCACCGCGGCGCUGCUCGUCCUGCUCACGCUCGGGCUCGCGGGGACAGCCCCGGCCUGGACGCCGCCGCCCUGCCCCGGCCUGGACGCCGCCGGCCCACCGCGCCCCGUCCGGGAGCGCAGCGACGCGUGCCGUCGGGGCCGCGCGACGGACGCGCGGGGGCCAGCGCGCUGGCACUGCGCCGCCGCCUGA